AUGGCAAACCACGAAGAGGAACAUCACUACCAUCCUCAGGAUGCUAUCUCAGCAGCUAUCAAGACCACCAUGAUGACUGGUGGUAUUGGUCUCUUUGCCUCCGCGGUCCAGAACACCUUGACCAGACAGAACAUUGGCCCGCUGGGUAUCUUUAUGCGCAGCGGCGGCACCAUCACGGCCCUUGCUGCAAUGGGUGGUACCUACGAAUUCGCCAAGAUCGCAUCGGCCAACCUGCGUGAGAAGGAGGACCCUUGGAACACCGCGAUUGGUGGUUUCUUCUCUGGCUCGAUUCUGGGCCUGCGAGCUCGUUCGCUUCCUGCCGCCCUUGGCUACGGAGUCGCGCUUUCAGCCGGCAUGUUCGCAUUCGAUUUCACCGGUGGCUCGCUGUUUGGCACCAGCAAAGAUAAAGAUGUGGAUGAGUUUGACCGCCGCACAAAGCUACGCAAGGCUUUCCAGUCCCCCGGCGAAGAAACUGUGGCUGAGCUCGGCGAGGGUCGUGGAAUCUACGGACCCAAUUACGAGGAGCGCCGUGCAGAGCGGAUCAAGGAGGCGUAUGGUAUCGAGGUCCCCAGAUCCCCCGUCCCCGCAUCAUAA